AUGAAAGACAAUAGCUCGCCUAAAACAACUAGUAUUUCUGAAAAAUAUGAUCGUAAACAAUAUAGCACACUUUACGAAUUGUAUCAUGAUAUCAAGGUAGUAGCUUCGUCUAGAAUUCAAAAGCAUAAGGUUGGAUCAGCUAAAUAUAAGGAUAUUGAUUUUUUCUACAAAUUUACUACCGAAUUAUUUUUAAGAGAAUCUAGUAGAUUAAGUCUUGCACUUUUCCACACAAAGAAAGAAGAGGAUGAUGUACUGGAGCCUUCUGAGUUAGAGACCCAAUUAUCAGAAGACUUUAAUAAAAUUUCUAUGAGCUAUAACUUGACAAAUGGUGAAGUGAUAACGUUUAUUUAUAAAUCUGAAGAACCAUCUAAUUCGAUAUCAACCCUCCCAAAUGCCUAUCAUAGUCCCUAUCCUCAACCACAACAACCACCUCAUCAAAUCAAGCAACCCUUAUUUUCAUCGUUGACAGGUAAAUCAAAUUUGGACCCUCGUUCUACUAUUGUACCAGAUCCAUUUCUCCUUUCAAAGGUUAUUCCUUUGAAUAGAAAUGCCACACGUAAUAACUCCACAUUAGAAUCAUUAUCACCUUCAAUUUCCAAGAUUCCACCACCUACAACUCAACAUACUGAAAUAUUAUCCAACUUCUUCCAUCCAAAUUGGUACACAAUCCACGUUCCAACUUGGCUUACGUAUAAAAGUAAGACUUUAAAGCCACAAGUUGCAUCCAGUCUAUUGAAGAAUCAACGUGAAGAUGAAUUACGUCUAGUAACUAGGAAUGAUGGUUCUGUGAUGUCUUUUGCUCCAACAGUGGAUCUGAAAGUCUCUGUUGUGUCAACAGAAUUGAAAGGAAAUAUUUGGUUGAAUCAUCUUGGCUUUCAACAAAUACAUGAUAUAAAAAAGAAAUAUCUUGAGAACAUUAAUAACAAUACAGGUAUGGAUGUUGAUGUCGUUCCAGAUGGCGAGGAUAAAAACAACGAAGAUGAUGUAAAACCCACAGUCAGUGGUGAUAAAGGUGAUAUUGAAAUGAAAGAUUCCAAUGAUAAAGAUGCUGAUUCCUUGGAACGUAAAGAAAUUAAUGUUGCCGAUUUGGUUCAAUGGGAUCCUUCGAAAAUCGAAGAAUUAGAAUCUAUAAAAGAAGACAAGGAAACUAUAACCAAAUCUCCCCGUGAUUUGCAAAAGCUCAUUUCUACCAACUUAUUAAAGUUAAAUAAAUUACGCCAAGAAAGAUACUUACGUAGUAAUCCAACAAACUUGUUGGCACCCUCCAAAAACGAAAUCAAAUUAUAUAAUAAAGUUUCAAAACUUAUUACGCUAUCAAUUGAAUUAAAUAAUGUUAAUACUGGAAGCCUUGACCUUAGCUUCAGUAAGAGAUUACCAGUAUUAAUGAGUGAAUAUGCUGGUACUCUACCAGGACUUCCACCAUCCAAAUCUGUCGGCACUACCGGUAAAUCUACAAGGUUGCCUAGUAUUAGAGGACCAUACAAAAAGAAGAACAGACAUUGA